AAUUUUGAUUAUUAUAGAUACUUUAAUGUGCCAAUCAUUUACUUCUGUGCCAAAAACUUAUAUCAGAGCAGCCGACGAAUUACUUCCUCUUUCACAUGCCAGUCGUCUAGCUAGUCUUCCCAGCCUUUCCCCUCUUCCAUUUUCUCAUCGCCACCCUUCCCUAGCAUUAACAACCGGUGCCGGUUCAGCUUCACAUCCUUCUCGAUUUUCGCCUUUAGAACCUCAACGGCCUCCUAGAGCCAUUCCCCAGUCAUUAACAAAAUCAUUGCCUAAAAGACAAGGAAGGAUGACGACAGAAAAAAAUUUGGACGAAUUAGCCCCCCUCGGCAAUGAAUGGGAAAAAUCACAGCCUGGAACUGGGAUUUGUGGAAAAUGUGUUCUUUGUUUACUACUUAAUGCUGUGUUUGUUCUGGCCCUUUUCCUGGCUUUUCUGAUUGGACAUUUUGCGUCUGAAGCACAUUUACCGUUAAAUAAUAAAGUAAAAAAUUUAAAAAAUUUUUGAGCUUUUGGUUGAUUUAAUAAAAAAAUUAACAAAAAAUGCUUAUUUUUUAAUUUAUAAGACUGACAACUUAACUUUAAAUAAUUUAUUAUUAACCUCUAAUAAUGCUUCAAUUAGUAAACUUAAUCAAACAGCUUCAACUUUACAAAAUCAGACGGAAAUAAAACAAAAAGAUUUGGAAUUUGUGAAGGUAGAAUUUCUUUGAAUACAGUCGGGCCUCUGUAUAAGGUACCCUCCUGGGCUGGAAAUAGUCUCUUAUAACGAGGUGUAAUUUAUAGAGGGUAUCACUUAAUAGUCUCUUACUAUGAGGUGUAUCUU